AUGAUAAGACGUCUGCACACACGAAUUAUCGGCAUGGGGUCUGUAUGCGGGCUCGCGCCGUCCCCACCAGCCGAGGUGUUCUUAAAAACGCUUCCCCCACCUAGUGAAAUCGAUCCGGUAAAGUAUCGCCGAUUCCAGCGUGAGGAGGAAGCGAAAGAAGGGUUCGCUAGAGGAAGCCCACCCGACGCCCCCUCCUGUCCUGUAGUGGGCAAUAAAUGUGGUCGCACGCGCGCCACCCCUCGACGUGCGCCCGAGCCGUUUUACGACAUCGUGAACGGCGCGGCGGGUCAUAAACACGUCGUCUUGGUAACCCGUGAGGGUCACCUGAUCACAUUUGGGGACAACCACUACGCCCAGACGGCCGCACCGCGGGAUAAGGCGGAGGCCCAUCCAGCCCGCGUAGGGGGACCCUCGGCCCCCACAUCGGAUUGGGACCCGUGGUUCAUCCCCACUGCCGCGGCCUUUCACCAGGACGACGGGGCCCCCCUUUCCCUCGGGGUCGCCUGUGGGACGAACUUCACGAUCGUUUACGAGCGCGGCGGCCGCCGAGCCAUCGCCUUCGGCAACAAUCACAUCGGGCAGCUCGGCGUGGGCCAUAAGGACACAGUGGGUCACAGAGACACAAUAGACCAUAAGGAUACAGUAAGCCACAGGGACUCAAUGGGCCGCGGAGUCGAGGAGUGGGGACCGGGGACAGGGGCGGGGUGGGGACCCCCUGAGUGCCGUCUCCGCGAUGUCACGUGCGGCUACAACCAUUCCGUUGCCACACUCCAGGGUGGGCUGCUCUUCGCCUUCGGGAGCAACACCUGGGGGGAGCUCGCGAUCGGGACGACCACAUCGCCGAUGUGGCCCACAAGGAUUGAAUUCUUUGAGAAGAGGAACAUACCGGUGAAGAAAGUGUGCUGCGGCAACUCCAUUACCGUCUUCCUGACGGAGGAAGGUAGGGUGUAUGGAUGCGGAGCCACCAACUAUGGCCAGUUGCCGUACAAUGCCUUUGAGCCCGUCCCUAUCCCGCUUAUUCGCACCUUCAUCGAUCCAGGCACAAGUGAAACCACCCCACGUACUGUAGAAAGAAGAACGGAUGGGCAAAAACUCAUUCGCAUUAGAGAUAUCGCCUGCGCCGGCAGUCUAGUGGUUUUUCUAAGCUCAAAAAAUGAGAUCUUCAUUCAGGGUGCGUUGCCCGAGUUUGGCGUCCUAGUUCCAUCACCACGACUUGCUGUAGUUGAUCAAACCGCCGCCAUUUGUGCUUUCAAGGAAUCCUUGAAAGCAAAUUCCUCGGUUUGUUCGGAUAUAGACGGUUUUUCUGUGGAAGAAAUGGUAUCAAGUCCAUCCUCAGUGCUUGUUCGCUACCGAAAUGGAUGCGUUGGUGCUCUAGGAUCAAACUCCGAAGGACAACUGUACAACGUUAGAAAAGUGAUCCACGGUCGGUCCGUAAAUCUUGCACCAUCAUUUGCCUCGACAAGUUUGUUCCCGAUGUACACCCCGACAUCAGCAUUGUCUCGGGGUGUGUGGAAGCGAUCUUGGCUAACCUGUGGCAGCGGAUUCAGCUUGCUUGUUGACGUCGACGAGGUUUAUUCUAUUUACGAACAGGUGCAACCGAUUGAGCUGCCGCCCGGGGAAAUAAUCCGAAUGACUGAUGCUAUGCGGAAGAGUUUAUUGAAGGGUAUUCGUUAA